AAAAACCGGUAUUUUCGGACGGCCGGUAAUUCCGGACAGGGCUCGUAAAAGCAGUCCUUACCUUCAACAAAUUAUACACACUUACUUUCUCUUUCUUACUUUCAAUUAAUUCGAAAUAAAGAUGUACGACUUAAUAAAUUUUAUCCGGAUGUGUUGUUAUUAUAUAAAACCUGCAAGAAACAAAACUUGUUUUCCCGGAUUGUCACAAGAGUUGUCGACCGCGAAAUUUUCAAGGACUUCAUUCCAAAGUUUUGAUUUAGGUAAGUUAUAAUUUUUUUUUGAAUUGAUACACGGAUUUUUAAAUGUUUUAAUUAUCAAAUGUGAUUUUAACGCUAAUAAAUACACCUUUAAGUGUAAAAUCAUGCCGAUUUUUAAACAAUAUCGAAAUUAACGGACCAUUUUUUUUCAAAGUCAUUUAAUUUCGGACAGUUUGAAGAAAUGUAAAAAAAUGAAAAAUGAACUUUAUAUACCCAUAUUCUAAAAAAAUAAGUUGAUAAAUAGUUUUUUAAAAAAAUAUUAUCGAUUUACAAUCAUCUUUUUCGAUAUAAAAUUAUUAAGUUACACGUAUAUGCAUGCUAUUUUUAACACAUUGCCGGUCAAUAUUUAUUUCAAAAACCAAUAAGGCUAUUAAUUAUUUUAAUUCUAUAAAAAAGUUUUUCUUUCAGCAUGGCCAGAAAAAAGGCGAAAGCAAGGGGGCCUUACCAAAAAAAUGAUCCAUCAAUCAUGGAACAGGCUGUAAAUGCUGUUCAGUCUGGGACUCUGUCUCUCAGGAAAGCAGCAGAGAAGUUUCAAGUUCAAAAAUCAACAUUGUAUGAUAGAGUUACAAAACGAGUGUCCAUUGACGCGAAGCCUGGGAGAAAGCCGGUGCUUUCAAAUGAAAUCGAGAAAAGAAUUAUCAAAAAUGUUACUGAAAGUGCCGAAAAGGGCUUUGGUAUUUCAAGGAAGCAACUUCUCCAUAGAGCGGGAGUUUUGUGUAAAAGAAAUAAAAUAACUGGGUUCAAAAAUUUCACCCCUACAAAACACUGGUGGGAAGGGCUAAAAAAGCGACACCCCGAAGUUGCAUUAAGAAAGCCAGAAAAGCUUGGCACAGUGCGGGCAAGGAUGUUAAACAGUUGUGUCGUCGAGAAGUAUUUUGCAGACCUGUCUAAAAUUGUGCAAAAUCUAAAUUUGCAAGGUUCACCAGAAAAAAUCUGGAACUGUGACGAAACAGGAAAACAACUGGAACAUACCCCUGUUCAUGUCAUUGCCAGACGCGGCAGCAAAUCUGUUGUUGGCCGCACUGGCAAUGACCGGUCAAACAUCACCAUUACGGCCUGCGUAAAUGCCCGGGGGGAUUCUAUGCCCCCCUAUGUUGAUCGUUUAAGGAAAGAAUAAAAAAUAAU